CUAUCAUCCAUUUAGGGAAAGCACUAGUAUUAACCACCAUAUCGAUCAUCAUGGAGCACAGCAAGAAAGAACGUGUUUUGCUCUCUUGAGGUCAGCGGUAUGGAGUAUGCGAGUAAGGAUCUCACCAUUCGCAAACUCAGACGAACAACCGAUUUCAAAAAUCUCACUUUCCGUAUAGGCGGCUAUAGCGAACAUGAUCUAGGGCGCUUCUAUCAUCUGUGGAAGAACGGAGAGGUCCUAUCUGUUCAGGCAGAACCAUACCGCCGUCCUGGCAUUGACUAUUCUCAAUCAUCCUCCGAGUCGACUCGGGAUGUUGAUUCAUCUGACAAAGAGGCAUAUUUUUACCUGCAAGAAGUCCUGCAGACGAUGCUUGAUAAUCUGCAGUUCGGUACCGAGAACAAUUGGGCGCAUAUUGUGAGGCAAAAGGACAAUACCUACAGCCUGAUCUACACUAGAAAGGAGUUUGUUCGUCUGAAGUGCCCGGUUUGGACGAAGAAGGUAAACUUGGAUGAUAUAGAAAUUACUCGCAUAGUGGACUGCGCGUUAUGGGAGGGAAUACACGAAGGGAUGGAAGUCGACCUCUUCAUGGGCGUACACGCACUUUGGUCUCAUUUUGUCGCUGCGGAGAGUCUUGGGCACAAGCUCAUGAACGAGGCUGGUGUCAGCCAUUACACCUUCAGACUACUCGCCCACGUCUACAAGAGUGGAAUGAUCAUUGGUGUCAUGUGUGAGCCCAUUGUUGGACGUCGCGUGUGUCCUACCGACCGUGCUGCUGUUUUCGCAGCAGUAGCUGAUAUCCAGAGACACGGAAUCUUAUUGGGAUCUCUUCUCCCUCACGAUAUCCUCAUCACUGACGAAGGCGUUCGCUUCCUGAAUAUAUCUUGUGUUCAAUUUUACAAGGACCACGACCAGCUAGCGGCCGAGGCCGAAACAUCUCACUGGGCUGAAUUGGCGCAGACCUUUGGAUCAGGAAUGAUAGCACCCCACACCCCACUUGGUUCUAGAGCCCGUGACGCCUUAUCCUACGUUAUACCUCGCCUGCCUUCCCCUGGGCGUCCAGUUUACACCACUCCCGAGCUGGCCAUGAUGCGGUUUGUUUGGUCAGUGAUGACAUCGCCGGGAGAGUACGCUCGUUCAGACGUUCUGCCACUGCUCAAGUUCAGAGAUCAGCAGGGGAAAGGGAGAUCUACUCUCGCCGAUGAUCCAAAGCACAGAAGACGUGCAAAGAUUAGUCGCAAAGCACUAAUCGCACCUCUUGAUUGCUCGGAACCGGGGGAUCGCUUUGAAGAACUUGACCCUGUUACUGAUGAACCCUACAAUCCGAAGUGUCGUUCUUCGCCACGCACCCCGUAUGAGCGGCCGAAAAAGAAGCUUCUUCUUCCAAGGGACGAUGAAUGA